AUGGCACUAAACAGAACUUUUGUCUUGUCAGCUAAAGGAUGCAUGCCUAUGCCCGCCUUUGGCCUCGGAACAUGGCAGUCAAAACCAAAUGAAGUCAAGCAAGCCGUCCUAAAUGCGCUUCAAGCAGGCUACCGUCACAUCGAUGCAGCCGCUAUCUAUGGCAAUGAAAACGAGGUCGGAGAAGCUCUCGUGGAGAGCAAAGUUCCUCGUGAACAAGUAUUCAUCACUUCAAAGCUAUGGAAUGACCGUCAUCGCAAAGAAUACGUUGAAGGGGCUUGCAGGACUACAUUGAAAGACCUCAAGACUUCUUAUUUGGACUUGUAUUUGAUGCAUUGGCCUAUCGCAUUCAAACUGGCCGAUGACGGAAAAGGGUCAGCCAAGAAUGCUGAUGGAUCUAUGGUCAUUGACGAUUGUCCCAUUUCUGAGACUUGGGCUGCUAUGGAGUCGUUGGUUGAUAAAGGUCUUGUCAAAGCUAUUGGAGUCUCCAACUUUUCAAUAGCAAGGAUUCAAGAACUGUUGAAAACAGCGAAAAUUACUCCUGCCGUCAACCAGGUCGAAUUACAUCCAUACAACCCCCAAAAUGACCUCCUAGCGUUUUGCAAAAAGCACAACAUCCUAUUGACUGCUUACUCGCCAUUCGGUUCUGGACGAUCACCAUCAUUGUUUGAUGACGACGUGCUACUGAAGAUUGCAAAGAAAUACAACAAGUCUGUUGCUCAAGUUCUCGUAUCCUGGCAGAUUCAACGGGGUGUUUCUGUGAUCCCCAAAUCCGUUACUCCAGCUCGUAUUGCCGAGAAUUUCCAGGAUUUUAUACUGGAAGAUUCAGAUAUGGCAUUGAUUAACGAAUUAGGUACUACCAAGCCGUUGAGAUACUUGAAGCCAUAUGAAUGGGCUGGUUGGGGAAACCCCGACGUUUUCGGCGACGCUCCCGCUAAAAUUUAG